UUUUUUUUUAAAUUGGCUCCAUGGAUACGAGCCACCGCACGGUUACAAUACAAUAGGUGGCAGUAGUGCGACAUUGAGAAUGCAAUCCACCGCAAUCCUCCACAGAAGAAGAAGACCCGCUACAGAACUGCACAACAUUAGCCAGCUGAUUCGUAGCGUUGUAGAACCAUACGUCUACGAUCCCGAAUCUGACCCUGAAGCUGAAGAGGAGGCUGUUGAAGUCGCCACAUUUCGGCUGAUGCAAGAUGUGUCUCAUUGUUGUUACAGGUAUCUAGUCUACAGAGGCUAGUGAGCUGGUGCUGAGAAUUCCUGGGGUGAAGAAUCUGAGUUGCCAUCUCUUCAUGCUUGGGUUGUAGAUGAAGGCAGUUUCCUGAUGGAUAAAACACUAAAACACUCAUAGUAUGAUUGAUGUAGACCACCUGUGGAAUAACUCCUUUACCAUUUGAGUAAAAAUGUGUUUUUUGUGAGUGCAACACUCAUUAAGAAUUUUUUUAUUUUAUUUAUAUAUAAUUUAUAUGCUUUUUAUUUAUGGCCGAUUCAACUUUAUAGCUUACCAUAUUAGAAAGAGAAAAACAUGUAAUUUCAAUACUAUGAUUUCCUAAAUAAAAGUGUUUUACCUUCAGAAACAGAGUUUAGUGAAAUACAUAAUAGUUAAAGCCAACUUUAUUGUAAACCAAAAAAAUACACCACUACUCCAAAGUUAGAACAAACUGUUACCUUCACACUCCAAUGUGCAAUGUAUAGGUUACUGAGUUAAUUAAGAGGUCUGGGGGUUUGAGGUCAGAAGCUUUUGCAGGGCCUUGAAGACGAAAUGCAUGAAAGUAGGGUAAACAGGGAGAUGUGGUGAUCCUUGUUCUCAUCACUAUUAGGAAGACUGAGCGGAAGCAGUCCUCUACCAGAUGGAAGCUGUGGCUGUCCUCACCAUCACCUCAUCAAAACAAAAGGGUCUGAAGACUUAUGCUGCAUGUCAGUCUCAAGCCUUCAUGAAGGGGACUGUGAGUUUCAUACUUGGAGCUGCAGGACUAUUUGCAAUUCAGACGGCUUUUCAGAGAAAGUUUCCAUAUCCUUUUCAGUGGAACGUGCUCAUCUCAGUGGUGGCAGCGUCAGUGGGCAGUUAUACAGUAACUCGCUGGGAAACACAAAAGUGCUCAGACCUCUGGCUGCUACUAGAAACGGGACAAGUCCCAGACAGAUCAGCACAAGUCCCUAAACCAGAUGAGUCACAACAACGACCAAAGAGUACAAAAUUUUUCUUUGGACAAAGAUCAGACACUGGCUCGGGUUUUUAUCACGUAGAGCAUCUAAUGUGAUAUUUCCAUUUGUGUUUCACAAUAAAUGCACAAAUGUCAAAACUAAACACUA